UGUAAUUAUAUAUACAUAAUUGGACACCGAAGAUAUUUAUUAUCUUAGUCACCGCGAUUACAAAAUAGGAUUUAUACAGUUUUGUAGUCAGUUGUGUCUAGUCAGUGUUGAUAAUAAACGUGUUGUAGGGAUAAUUCGUCAAGAUGCCGUGGAAGAGACCUGACAGCGUCCCUUUGGGUCAGGUAUGGAGUCGGUUCAGAGGAAGGGAAAGAGACGGAAAACCAGCGAAAAUGUAUCAAAUCCGGGACUUGGACCCUAAAUACGAGGAGCAGUGUCUCGACCUGAUGGUGGAAACCUUCCUGAGAGACGAGCCGCUCAGCAAGGUAUUAGACAUCAAAUCCGACCCUAUAUCGAUAAAAUCCAUCAGAUCCAACUGGGAAGAAUACCUCAGUCAGAACAUAAGUCUAGCAUGUUUCACUGAAGAAGAUGGACAACCAGGCCAGCUAGUCGGCUUCAAUAUACUCGUCAUGAAAUGUGAAGCGGACGGCGAAGAGUCAUUUGAGCAUAUCGAGGGAGAACCCUGGAGGAAGCUUGUUAAGACCUUGGACACAGCGGAGAAGCUCGUCAACGUCUUCGACCAUUACGGGGUGGACAGGUACUUGUCUUCAAGUGGCUUGACGGUCCUGCCUGAGCAUCGGGGGCAGAACAUUGGAGCUAGGAUGUUCGCUGCCAGGGAGCCCCUCUGCAGAGCCCUGAAGGUGGACGCUGUUUGCACAGUGUUCACUGCUAUCACGUCUCAGGUGCUGGCGGCUAAAUGUGGCUAUGAACUGUUGGCCGAGUUGCAUUACUCCGCUAUGUUGGAACAGGGCGUGAACUUGGUCGGGGUGGACACUCUUAGCGCUAAAGUUAUGGGCAUUAAGUUUCAUCAUAAAUAUUAGCUGACAUUCAAAUGGUACAUACAUACAUAAAAUCACGCCUCUUUCCCGGAGGGGUAGGCAGAGACUACCUCUUUCCACUUGCCACGAUCUCUGCAUAUUUCCUUAGCCAGUUAGAAAGGAUAUAAUGUUAUAGUCAAUACUAAGAUACCAAAUUUUAUUUAUUUUAAUAUAAAUGAAUGUACGUAAUUAAAAAGUAAUUUUAUUUAAAAAUAAAUUAUUAAAAAAAAGGACAGCAAUUUUAUUUGUUUUGUUUGAAUCACUGUACUUAAUUAAACAGUAAUUUUAAUCUAAAAAAAAUUCAGUAUCUUUAUUUGUUUUUAUGUGAAUCACUGAAUAUUUGUAUCAUAAUUUUGGGGUGCAUUCACACUGAGGCCGAGCCAUUUAAAAGCUAAGUUUCUGUAUAAUAUCGUGUCGUAUUUCGUCUUAGUGUGUACUGCCCCUAAACGCUGGGUAUAAAUAAAAAACAGUAUUUUUAGUACACAUUAAUAUAUUUGACUUGUACACACGUUUGUAGUAAAUGCAAUGUAAAUCACUGUAAAUUACACAUUGUAAAAAUAAAUUUUACAUAAAUGCAUCAAAACAUC